GCAGAUGACACGCAGCUAUUUAAGUAAAGAUAUCUUUCUAAACGACACAAAAGCCGAAGAUUUUACGAAAAUAAGUUGUGUCUUGAAAAAGCUUGAAGAAUAGGUAUUUAUAAUGGAGUUCUGGAAAAACAAAGUUGCAAUCGUCACUGGAGCUGCCCAUGGCAUUGGAGCUCAAAUAGCCGAAGAUUUAGUCAAAGAGGGAAUGACUGUUAUUGGUCUUGAACCUACUGAUGAAAGCAUUGGGCAGAUGAUGGAAAAAAUUGAGAGAUGGAACAAAAGCGACGGUCAACUGGUGCCGUGCAAAUGUGAUGUGUCUAAAGAAGAAGAGGUGAAACGAGCUUUUGACGGCCUGGUCGAUGCGUAUGGCGGUGUUGACUUACUUGUCAACAAUGCUGCUAUUGGCAAAGACGGCAUGUUGUGUACCGGCCACACUGAAGACUUCAAACAAGUCAUUGAUGUAAACAUCUUCGGACUGAUGGUCUGCACUCGCUAUGCUGUCCAGUCGAUGAAAAACCGCAAUAAAAAAGGCCAUAUCAUCAAUAUAAACAGCAUCUGCGGCCACUACAUGCCUCCUUUCGCUGAACCGAGAGUUAACAUGUAUAUCGCGUCGAAAAAAACCAUGACAGUUAUAAAUAAACUGCUGAAAAACGAGUUUACAAAUUCCAAUGCUGAUAUAAAAGUGACGAGUAUUUCGCCUGGAAUCGUCCGCACGGGGAUAUUCAAGACUGCUGGCGUGGAAUUCCUUAAUGAAGAGUUUUUUAAUAAGAAUCCCCAUUUGACGACGAAGGACGUGUCCGAUGUGGUGCUGAUGAUACUGAAGAUGCCGCGCCAGGUGCAGGUCAACGAGAUAUUGUUCCAUGCGCUACAUGAAAUCUAUUAAUGGUGUUACACAUUUUGGUGAUAAUAUUUGGUACUAAAAUCGGUUUAAACCAGGAUUAACGGAGUUUAUGAACACCGCUAAUAUCCGUUUCAAAAAUGCAUAGUUUUUGAGGUGAUGCCGCUAAAUUUAAUUCUUUAGUUAACCUAAUAAUUAUUAAAACUUAGCUAA